AUGUCGACGAGUCGAAUGAUCUCAGUUGCGCAUGAUGAUUCAGGGGAUUACUGCACCGUUCAAGACGCAGUUGACUCUGUUCCUAUUGGAAACACGUGUCGUACUGUGAUCUGUAUCUCACCGGGGAUUUACCGACAACCGGUGUACGUGCCCAAGAAGAAAAACUUCAUCACUUUCGCCGGAAUUUCACCGGAAACGACUGUUCUUACUUGGAAUAAUACUGCUAAAAAUAUUGAUCAUCACCAGGGAACGUUUGGGUCCGGGACUGUUAUUGUCGAUGGAGAUGACUUUAUUGCAGAGAACAUUACUUUUGAAAACUCUGCUCCUCAGGGAUCAGGGCAAGCUGUAGCAAUAAGAGUCAGUGCAGACCGUUGUGCCUUUUAUAACUGUCGCUUUCUCGGCUGGCAGGAUACUUUGUAUUUGCAUAGUAAGAAACAAUAUUUGAAAGACUGCUACGUUGAAGGAAGCGUGGAUUUCAUAUUUGGAAACAGCACCGCACUCUUGGAACACUGCCAUAUCCACUGCAAAUCUCCAGGUUAUAUAACAGCACAGAGCCGAAAAUCGCCUCGGGAAUCUACUGGUUACGUAUUCCUAAGAUGUGUGAUCACGGGUAAUGGUGAGAGUGGGUAUAUGUAUCUAGGAAGGCCAUGGAGACCAUUUGGGAGGGUGGUUUUUGCGUACACUUACAUGGAUGUAUGUAUCAGAAACGUUGGUUGGCAUAACUGGGGAAAGGAAGAUAAUGAGGAGAGUGCUUGCUUUUAUGAGUACAAGUGCUUUGGUCCGGGUAGCUGUUUGUCUGAACGGGUUACUUGGUCGAGAGAACUGAAGGAUGACGAAGUUGAAAACUUUCUAGAUCAUAGUUUUGUGGAUCCAGAUGAGGAUAGGCCUUGGUUGUGUCCGAGAACAGGAGGCAGGACACCUUGCUCUGCGUAG